AUGCAAGUUUGGAACACUGCGGAUUAUGUGUCAAAAAAAUUCGCUCUUCGCGAAUGUCCCAUUGUGCUGGCACAGCUAUUGAACACAACCCGUGUACGAUUCGCUCUGUUACAAACCAACUGUUAUCUGGAUGUGCAAACACGUGUACUCAAUUGGCGUCAUCGUGCUACACCAUGGACUAAAGGUGCCAUUGUUGAGGUGGCCGGACCAAAUUAUUCUUCCAUUGAUCAUUGUAAUGCUCUGAUCGAUGCGAUUGUCCCAUUUUAUGCGACCAGACGACCAUAUGUGGAAAUUUCACCACCCGAAAGGCGUCGAAUACGCUCACGAAAGGCAGCCUAUAAAAAGGAGAAAAUCUAUCGUGCUUUAAGUUCCGUGCCUGUACCCAAUCGAUGUGAAACUGGGCCAAUUCCAGAUUGUCUGAGGGACGAUUCGUAUUUGACUAAUCCAUAUUAUUUUAUGCAAAAUUACGAUACACCUCAGAACGCGACCGAACCGGAUGAUGAUGGUGAUGAUUAUCAGCAGCAGCAGCAGCAGCAGCAGCUAUAUCUGUCUCGAUCAAACCAUCCUCCAAAAGAGCCGAGAAAACCACGGGCACAAACUCUACCCGGUCGGAUACAAACAGAGCCGGUUCGUCUAGGAUACAUAUCACAAAAAACAAGCGAAAAUGAGUUUGUGAACAAUAAAUCAUCCGGUGAUCCCGAGCUGAGACCAAAUUCCAUAUUGGAACCUGGUGGAGAUGAAAUAGCCUCGACAGGGGAACAGAACAAACACAAUGCUACGGGGUUGGUGGAAACUAAUUUUAUCCCGACCCUGGAACAACCGACCACGAUCAACCGUAAACGAUCCGGUCCAGAAAGAAAUUCCACCUAUCCGCGACCGAAACUUUUCGAAUCGGAACGGUCUGCACGUUUGGCUAUUCACUCCCAGAAAGCGGCUGCUGUUCGUGCCAGUUUGCAAAAAAUGAAAGAGGACAAAAUGAAACGUAUCCCGGUCGUGACCAUUCACAAAACUUCGCACCCGUUACCCGCGAAAACCGUUAGCCGCGUGGCUAAAUCGUGUUUUCCCCGUGCAAUGACUCCAAAAGAGCUUGGAGAUCAUGCAAUUCGUAGGCCCGGGUAUGAUUCAUCCAAAUUGCAUGAAAAAUGCUCGCGCGAUCUCUCCCCAGAUCAUCGUGGUCAACCGUCCUGGGAUCGAUGCGGCCGUAAUGCCCAACGAAGUCAACCAGGUUAUACGGCUGUGAAAGGCCAAUCAAAUUUACUUAUGCCUGAAACCGACACUUAUGUACAAUCACCGCUAACUCGUAAUCUGCUGGACAAGUCUCCGUCAGAGAUCGUGCAGUUAUUUACCGAUAACGGCACACAACAAAAACAACUACAAGGGACGAGAACAGAAAUCAAUUCGACCGAAAUACAAAUCACUAGCCCCGGUCAACCGACGGAACAGAUGGGAACUGGUCCAGUCCCAACCGGCAAUCCAUGUCCGGAUCAUACCGAACGAGAACAAACCAAAGGACCGGUUGUCACCUCGGAUGCACCGGAAUUCAGUUACGCAGCUGGAUCGUUGCUCGAUCCGAAUGUGUCAUUUCCAACCGAAAUGAAUGUGGAUACGGCAACCGAGGACCCGUUGAAUGGAAUUCAACGAUCAUUUCAACCGUCCGGUUCCCAACUGACCACGACCAUGCAUCAAGGUUUAAUUUUUCCAAAUGUCCAAACCGCAUCCAGUUCUCGUUCAUCGCACAUUCUCUUAUCCGCAACCCCGGCAUUUUUCAAUGAGCACGAAUAUGUGGAACCGGGGAUAACGAUGCCCAAUGCGGCCGGUGAAUGUCAAUUGGAUUGCACGAAUUACGUUUCGAUGAAUAUCGCUCAAGCAGUGAGUAAAGCACUGACUGAUAUGGCAGAGUAUCGCCUAAAAUCAGGCGGUCAGAUACGAAAAGAAUCCGUAAAUCCGGAACCAAGUAUGAUUUCGGAAUUUAGUGCACUGGAACCACGAAUGAAUAGUCUUCAUGUCCCGGUCUGUGCCUUGACUCGGUCACACAGUGUUAACGAACCUCAGUCAUUAAUUAAUGAAAACACGGAAGUGACCCCAAAUCAUUUGUUGAGCACUGUGCUCAAUACUGUCGGCUGUCGGAAUUCACGCAUAGUGACUGGGACAAGCAUCAAGACUAUGGAUGAGAGUUAUGUAAAACAAAUGAACCAGCCGCUAAUUCCAUCCCCCUGUGUGAAUGUUCGACCCCGGCUAUUUGAACGGAUAGAUUUUUGUUCCCAAGAGACCACAGAUAGCCAAGAUAUUCUCGAGUCAGCUACGUUGGACAAGCCAACUGAAAUCGAUUUGGGUCAACUACCACGACGAAGUGAAGUCCGUACAGAAGAACCGAGAUCGGGACCAGCACGGACGUGGAAUAAACAGAUGAAACAAAACACCCCCUUGGCACCUCCUAAGAUAGUAAAUACGUCAGUUUUCGCAUCCAAGGCAUUGAGUGAAAAGCGAACAGGCAAUAUGGAUUCGAAAUCCAAUUUGAGGAGGACAAAUGAUCCCCGGCAAGGUUAUUCGGCAGCAUUUCGUAAUCAGAAACAAAAUCCACGUGGUCGGAAAAUAAACCAGACAAAUUCCACUUCGCUGACUCGAGCAUUAGCACACACCGGUGUAAGUAACAGAUCGGGUUUCCGAAAUGCCAGGCCACCGGUGUCACCAGGUCAUUCACCCCGGAUCAAAAAGGACAUUGAAAUAGUUUCGCAAGGACACUCCAAUGAGGUUUCCGAUCGAUCACGCUCACUGAAUAAACUAAUGGUAUCACAAACAACCAAUUCUACGGAUCGUCCGCUCAAAUGGACGUCUCCGAUAUCCGUACCGCAUUCAGAAAACACCGGUUCUCGAUCGAUAGUGGAUUCAGUAACGGAACGGAAUUUAGAAUUUGUAGAACCUAAUUCACCGGACGAACGGGAACGGCAACAUCCCAAGCUAUUACCUCAAUCUUCUCCCGUAGAAAGACGAACGGGGGAUAACCAUGUACCGGAUUCCUCACCUAUCAGACCUAUUAGCAAAGCCAUGGAAUAUUCUAUCGGUGAGUCUACCGCACUGACACCGUGUUAUCUUCCUCGGCCCAGUCCCAACUAUAUGUGGUUGUCAAAAAAUCGUGAUCCCAAGAUUGAAGUGAUCGAGAAUUUCGUCGAUUUCGGCCUGAUCAGUUUAAAGGAAAUGGCUGAACCGGGUGAAUUACCAUUGAUCAAUAGAUCUUUAGUACCAUCUGUUCCAGGUACUUCAGUUGAACCAAGCCCUUCGGCCGCAUCCACCGAUUUGUUUAUAGGACUUCAUUCACCAAGUGGAAAUCGUCAUUCUGUUGGCACGAGUCAUGCCGUAUCUAGUACCUCGAAAACCACCACAGAAACAGAAUCUACCGACAGUUUGACCCAGAGCACUAGCGGGAGCUCGGGAAGUUCCUCAUCGGAUCCCAGUUCCAAUGACGGAACUCCGUUCCCAUUUCCCGAGCAUCGGAGUAGAAACGGUCAGCUCAAUACUGCUGGUAUGGCCAAAUUCACCACGGAGAUUGGACAUCCGAAACAUAUUUCCGAGUGUACUUUACAAAAACCCUCGUUACCACAAUAUCAAUCACGUGAUUCGUAUCGCGUUCAAUCGAUCAAAAAACGAAAACCACGUCACUGUUCAAGUGUGGAAACCCGAGCUAUGUGUGAAUCAUAUUCUGCAUGUAAAACCCGCUGUCGUUCACGAAGUGUUUAUAACUUCAUACUUCGGUGUUUACCAUUGCAAUGGUGUUUUGGUAGCGGAUAA